CGGCCUCGGACCAUAGGUCCUUAGUUGCAGAGCAGGAUAUUAUUAUACUUGUCUUCUUCUCAUUUCCAUCGAUUCUCACAUAAGCUCUUGACAUUACCUUCCUCUGUACGAGGCUACAAUACUCUGCAUAAUGGCAGGUGAUCUCGAUAUUGAUGGCAAGGAGGGCAUUGCCUCGAUGGAAGUAGAGCAUGCCCCCGAGGAAAAUGCGUCAUCAUUCUCACUCGAGGAAGAGAGAGCACUUGUCUGGAAAGUCGAUUUAUUUCUCUUGCCCACGAUGUGGAUUAUGUAUCUUCUUUCUUACAUGGACAGAACAAAUAUUGGAAACGCCAAAAUAUCUGGGAUGGAGCAAGAUCUUAACCUGUCUUCCAACGAAUACUCCAUUUCGCUCGUGGUAUUCUUUGUCGGAUACGUUGUGUUCGAGGUUCCCAGCAAUCUUGUCCUGAGUCGUACAAAACCAUCCAUAUUCCUUCCGAGUAUCAUGGUCAUAUGGGGGGCCUUGACAUGUGUUAUGGGGGUCAUCAAGGACUUCAAGCACCUCGUUGUAUUGCGAACAAUAAUAGGUUGCGUGGAAGCUGGUUUCGCACCGGGCGUCCUUCUCGUCAUCUCAUCGUGGUAUAAACGAACAGAGCAAUCCAAGCGAUUCGGUAUAUACAUUUCAGCCGCCGUUCUUUCAGGGGCCUUCGGCGGCUUGAUUGCAGCAGGUAUUGUCAAUGGUCUGGAAGGAGUACAUGGGAUUAGAGGAUGGCGCUGGCUUUUUAUUGUCGAAGGAGCCGCUACUGUUGGGUUUGCGUUAUUGGCCGUGUUUAUUCUUCCAGACUUCCCUGCCACGACUAAGCGCCUAUCAGCUCGAGAGCGAUAUAUUGCCGUCGCACGCUUGGAGGCAGACAAUGUAACGGCCAUGACAGAGGACAGUGAACGGUUGACUCCAUGGCAAGCUACUGUUGAGUCUGUCAAGAACUGGCGGACAUGGAUGUUCGUCGUCGGAUACAUGGUUAUUGUCGGCUCUAGCACUCUCUCGUACUUUUACCCAACUCUUGUGCAAGGUCUGUUUGGCAGCUCAUCCACAAUGCAAGUAAACCUCCUAACCGUUCCAAUCUACGGCGUGGCUUUCGUGUGCACUGGUGUCACGUCAUACUUCAGCGACAAGGUCCCUUUAUGGCGAGGCAUUAUCAUAGCCGGCUGGCUGGCCUUUUCGCUCGCUUGUUCAAUUGCAGUCUGUCUCGUCUAUGAUUACACAGCACGAUACGCUCUCCUUGUUUUGAUGGCAGCAGGUCUGUGGUCGACCAACGGAGGUACACUUGCUUAUGCUUCAUCGGCGUUCGCCAAUAUGAACCCACAAACACGAGGUGUCAGCUUGGCUUUGGUGAAUGCGCUGGGAAACCUAGCUCAGAUAUACGGCUCGUACCUGUUCCCCAAGUCAGAUAGCCCGAAAUAUAUCAUGGGCUUCGCAGUAAUUUCCGCAAUGCUAGCACUAGGAGUGAUUCUAUUCAUAGUGCUGCACAUUUGGAUGCGUCGCCAUGCCAAGUCAAUUGUGCAACAAUAG